GUCUGUCUACGACCAUAACUCUCUCCUCGGUUGUCUCUCUCUUUGGGUUAUUUCGUAAAUUAAAGAUUACUGUCCCCCCCCCUCCUCUUUAAUCCCCUUUCUCUCCACAUUUCAUUUCAAUUUCAUUUCAUCCACCCAAAGAGCCAAAGCCUCUCGCCCUUUCUCUCCAACCCCAUUGCUCUCCCUCAGUGGGUUUUGUGUUGUUUUCUCCCAACCCUCUUUUGUUUUCUGGAGAAAAAAAGAGAGAGGGGACUUUCUUCAUCAUCAUCAUCAUCAUCAUCAUCUUCCGGCCUAAUUUGUCCCUUUUCUGGAACAUAGAUCGGUUUCUUCAUCUGGGUCUGCCAAAUUGCACACAGCUUAUUGAUCGUACUGAAGGUUUCUUCAAGUACUUUACAUAUAAUUUACAAGGAGAUCCAUAUUAGCCCUAAUGCAAGGGCAGAGGGGUACUAUCGGUUCCUUGCCUGAAAUGCUAGAUUUUGACCAUGGGAAUACGUCGAAUGAUGCUGCUUUAGAUCAGCAGAUUUGCUGGAAUGGCACGCGGAAUCCUGUAGAAAGUCGGAUUCCUGACUAUAUACAAUCACCUACUGAUAUGGAUGUUGGUUUUGGGAAUUCCAUUGGUCGUGAACGUCAGAACUUAGGCAGAUGGUGCUUGGGUGAACCUAGUUCUAGAAACUCACAGGGUGAAGUAAAUCGUGAUGAGCGGAAACCAGAUUUUGGAUGGUCAUCUUCAGUGGAUGCUUGUGGUGAAGCUGGUCUGAGGUUAGAGGAGCGGCGCUAUGAACCAACUAAUAACCUUUCACUGGACAACAAUGUGAAUACUAUUUUUACACCAAGUUCCAAUUCUGAUGCAGCUUCACAGCAUCUGAACUUGAAUGCAGGUUUCACUGGUCAUGGUGGUGAUAGUAGUCAAGUUAUGGAAUGUCCUAACACAUACAAGUAUAAUGUCACCGAAAAUGAGCGGACUCGUCCUACUGGUAAUUCUGAUCCUUUUCUGCUUCCCGCUGCAAGUACUGGAUUUUUAGUGGGAGAAAAUGAUGGCAGACCUGGUUGUUCAUUGGAGGGUCGCCGUGUAUCUUGCAAAAGAAAGACUAUGGAGGGACAUUUAGGACAGUCUUCUUUAAGUGGAAGUUGUAGUUACUUUCAGCAUACAGAAAGUGGUGCAAGGACUUCUGUCCCUGCUCACUAUAAUGCAGGCAUAAACAUAUCCACUCCAUCACAAGAGGGAAAUCCAAGACCUGGAGCAGGUGGUAGAGAACUUACUUCUGACAGCAUUCCUGAUUCAAAUGUUGGAAGAAGCUCAGAAAGUUCUCACAGAAACUUCCGUGUGAGAAUAAAUCCAUCCAAUCAACAAAACACUAUACCCUCAACUAGGUUCUCAAGUGGGAGGGCUGCUAGGCAUUCUAGUGGUUCUUCUUCGCAGCAUUCACCUGGUCUUCUUCCAGUUGAUCAUAGUCUCGACCUGAGACCAGCACCGGUACUAGAUAAUAUGAGUUCACAAAACCAGCCAGUUGUCCAUGUCCCUGCAUUGCCACAAAAUGCGCAGUCUUUGAGGUGGAACAGUGGUUCAAGCUCAAGAACCGGUGGCUUAUCAAACUCUGUGUUUAUGGGGGACAGAGAUGCUCCACUACGUGAGGAAGCGAGUUCAAGAAGCAUGGCAAGACAGAUUUUGGGUCAUCCUAUUUUUGUACCAGCAACUGAAUUGAGGAAUUCUGCUAGACUUUCAGCAGGUUCAUCCAGUAGAAAUUUAACAGGUGGAAAUGCAAGUAUUCCUGGAAAUGUUGCUUCUACAUCCCGGACCGGCCCAAGUUCAAGCACUCAUCCAGCGUCUGCUCCUACAUGGGUUCCUCACCACAAUUCUCAUCCGCAAUUUCCUCGAAGAUUAUCUGAAUAUGUUCGUCGAUCAUUGUUUUCUGCUGGUGGUAAUGAGUCUGGGAACCAGGGCAGCAACUUUUUGCCAAUGCGUUCUGGUUCUUCAUCAUCACAGGAGGCUGUGCAUUCAUCCGGAGCUGCUAACCUGGGUCAUCAUCAGCCUCACCCAAGGUCUGCAUCGUGGUUGGAGAGACAUGGAGAUGGACUUGGGCUUCCCUAUUCAUUGCGCACUUUGGCUGCUGGUGGAGAAGGAAACAACAGGCUUGUAUCUGAGCAGAUUUGCAAUGUCUUGGGUCUCAUGCGAAGGGGCGAGAGCUUGCGGUUCGAGGAUGUUAUGAUUCUUGACCAGUCAAUGCUGUUUGGAGUGGCUGAUAUUCACGACCGGCAUAGGGAUAUGAGACUAGAUGUUGACAAUAUGUCUUACGAGGAGUUAUUGGCUCUGGAAGAGCGCAUCGGAAAUGUGAACACUGGAUUGAGUGAAGAAAUUAUAUCGAAUCGCUUGAAACAUAAGAAGUAUAUUGCCGAGGCAUCUCAAGCAGAGACGGAGACGGAGCCUUGUUGUAUAUGUCAGGAGGAAUAUAAUGAAGGAGAUGAUCUUGGAAUGCUUGAAUGUGGGCAUGAUUUCCAUAGCGACUGCAUCAAACAAUGGCUGACACACAAGAAUCUGUGCCCCAUUUGUAAAACUACAGCCUUGGCAACAUGAGUUGACAUCAACGAUUUUGCAGGCUAGUUUUUUCUUCAAAAAUAGGCAAAGAGGGUUGCUUUGGUUUGGGGCCUGCCUAUAUUGGUUCAGUGAAUCCCAAUUUCCCAAUGCCUCCCUCACCUUUCCGUGCUUGUCGAACUGAAGUUAGUCCAAUGCGCAACUUCAACAAGAGUCGAGCAUCAAAUUUAUUAUUAUUUUUUAAUUUUAUUUAAAACCAUUGGCCUCCUAUUGGAGGCAGCAAAUUUCAAAGUUGGAAAGCUAAACUGGGUACUGACUUUUCAUUUUAUCAAUGAAUGAUUAGGUUU